UCAUCGCGACGGAGAGUUGAAGGGUUUUGCGUGUUACUGUAAAACCCCCAAUCCGAAUUUUUGCCUCAGAAAGGAAUUGUGCAGACCCGUAGAAGUUCGAUCGGCCGAAGCUAAAAGGUGAAAGCUUUUUCUUUUCUCUGUGUUUCUCUCUUCUUCGAGUCUCUUGCGUUUUUCGUCAGACGAGUAGACAUUUCUUGGGUGAAGACCACAAGCUUUGAGUUCCAUGAUGGAACCCAAGCUUCUGCUUUCUGCGCAGAAACCCUUGUUGGUCUCUUGCAACCGCUUAUUUCUUGAGAAACCCUAUUUCUCUGCCAAUUCCUGUGUGCCCAUGUCCGUGAUUCGAGCUUCGAGGUCUGAGUUCAUGGGUAGAGGCUUGGCUCUUGGGGACAAAUAUGGGUUCUUCUCGGGUGCUUCAAGGAAAACCCGUGUUGUGGUGGAGCCAGUGAGAGCUGCUGUGAAGAGAAGGAAGGAGCUUCCUUUUGACAACGUGAUUCAGAGGGACAAGAAACUGAAGUUAGUGUUGAACAUUAGGAAGAUUCUUGUGAGUCAACCCGACCGAGUUAUGUCUCUUAGGGGGCUGGGUAAGUAUAGGAGAGAUCUGGGUUUGCAGAAACGUCGCAGGUUUAUAGCUCUUCUGAGAAAAUUUCCUGCUGUUUUUGAGAUUGUUGAAGAAGGGGCAUACUCAUUGAGAUUCAAGUUGACUCCAGAGGCUGAAAGGCUGUAUCUUGAUGAAAUAAAGAUCAGAAAUGAGCUGGAAGAUGUGUUAGUUGUUAAGUUGAGGAAAUUGUUGAUGAUGUCGAUGGAUAAGCGUAUAUUAUUGGAGAAAAUUGCCCAUUUAAGGACAGAUCUAGGCCUUCCUCUGGAGUUUCGUGACACGAUCUGUGAGCGAUAUCCGCAGUAUUUCCGGAUAGUUCCUACUCCUAGAGGCCGAGCUUUAGAGUUAACUCAUUGGGAUCCUGAGCUUGCAGUUUCAGCAAUUGAAUUGUCUGCCGAGGAAAACAGGACAAGAGAACUUGAGAGGAAGAAUUUGAUCAUUGACAGACCCCUUAAGUUCAAUAGGGUUACACUUCCGAAAGGUUUGAACCUUUCCAAGAGCGAGAUGAGGAAGAUAUGCAGAUUCCGAGACAUACCAUAUAUAUCCCCUUAUAAGGAUUUCUCCCACUUGAGAUCGGGUACACUCGAGAAAGAGAAACACGCUAGUGGAGUUGUUCACGAGCUCCUAAGCCUAACCAUCGAGAAGAGAACCCUAGUUGAUCACCUGACCCAUUUCCGUGAAGAGUUCAGAUUCUCACAACAACUAAGAGGAAUGCUUAUACGACACCCUGAUAUGUUCUAUGUGUCGCUGAAAGGGGACAGAGAUUCGGUUUUCUUGAGAGAGGCUUACAAGAACUCUGAGUUAAUAGAUAAAGAUCCUUUGACACUUGUGAAAGAGAGGAUGCGUGCUCUUGUUGCUGUGCCGAGAUUCCCAAGAAGGGGAGGAGUGCCCAGGAGAGAAGAAGAGAGAGUCGGAAGUGAUGCAGAGGCUGAAGAUGAGGAAAGUGAUGGAGAAUGGUCUGAUGUUGAUGGUUACUUGAAUGAUGGGGAUGGCGAAGGCGAUUGGACCGAAGGAGAUGAAGAAGAAGAAGAAGAAGGACCUCCUGAUUUUGAUGAUGAGAAUGGUGAUGAAGAAACCGUAAAGAUCGGAUUGAACGGAGCUUCGAGUAGUUCUUCCAGGAAGAAGGAAGAAGAGAAGGUUCUUACACUUGUGUUCCCGGACGGCACUCCUAGG